AAGAACGAGUACCUGCUCACCGUGGUGGCGGAGGAGAGGGAUGUGCUACUGCUCGGCCUGCGGUACUCGUCCACCCAUCUGCACUUCCUGUUCCUCAGCGAGGACAUGGCCGGCGCCUGGCAGACCCGCGUGUCCUUCCGCAGCGCCAGCCUCAUGGACAGCCAGUGGCACACGCUGGUCUUGGCAGUAUCUGCAGGAUCCUUUUCCCUCAUCAUGGACUGCGGCCUCCCGGUGGACAUAAUGGCUGACGUGCCCUUCCCGGCCACCCUUUCAGUGCGAGGGGCCCGGGUCUUUGUUGGCAGCCGGAGGAGAACCAAAGGCUUGUUCACGGGCCUGGUGAGGCAGCUGGUCCUGCUGCCGGGCUCGGAUGCCACCCUGAGGCUGUGUCCCAGCAGGAAUGCCCAGCUGGCCGAGCUGUCCAUCCCACGGGUGCUGCAGGGGAAGCCGGGUGAUAACGAGGUGCUAAAAUACCCUUAUGAGGCAGACAUGAAGGUGACGCUGGGGUCCCGGCCACCGUGCACCAAGGCACAGGAUGCCACGUUCUGGUUUGACGCUGCCAGGAAGGAGCUGCACCUGUGUGCCAGCAGCCAGUGGGUCUCUGUGUUGGCAGCCAAAGCCAAGCUGGACUACGUGGAAGAGCACCAGCGCCUGCCCACCAACUCGGAGACGCUGGGCCUCGAGGUCUUCGGCAUCCCCGGCGUGGGGCUCUUUGUGGCCGCGGCCAAUCGGAAAGCCAAGUCCGCCGUCUACAAGUGGACGGAUGGGAAGUUCGUCUCCUACCAGAACAUCCCCACACACCAAGCCCAGUCCUGGCGGCACUUCACCAUCGGGAGAGAGAUCUUCCUGGCCGUGGCUAACUUUGGACCGAAUGAGAAGGGUCAAGAGGUCUCUGUCAUUUACAAAUGGAGCCACAGAAAGCUGAAGUUCACCCCAUACCAGAGGAUUGCCACCCACAGCGCCCGCGACUGGGAGGCCUUCGAGGUGGACGGGGAGCACUUCCUGGCAGUGGCUAACCACCGGGAAGGUGACAACCACAACAUUGACAGCGUCAUCUAUAAGUGGAACCCCAGCACCCGGCUCUUCGAGGCCAACCAGACCAUCGCCACGUCCGGAGCCUAUGACUGGGAGUUCUUCACGGUGGGGCCCUACUCGUUCCUGGUGGUGGCCAACACCUUCAACGGCACCUCCACCAAGGUGCACUCCCACCUGUACAUCUGGCUGGUGGGCUCCUUCCGGCUCUUCCAGUCCUUCCUGACCCUCGGGGCUGCGGACUGGGAAGUCUUCCGCAUCGGAGACAGGCUCUUCCUCGCCGUCGCCAACAGUCACAGCUACGACGUGGGAAUGCAGCUGCGCAACGAUUCCUACACCAUCAACUCCGUCAUCUACGAGCUGAACGUCACCGCCCAGGCCUUUGUCAAGUUCCAGGACAUCCCCACCUGCAGCGCCCUGGACUGGGAGUUCUUCUCCGUGGGAGAAGAUCACUUCCUGGUGGUCGCCAACUCCUUCGAUGGAGAAUCCUUCUCAGUGAACAGUAUUAUCUACAGGUGGCAGGGCUACGAGGGCUUCGUGGCUGUGCACAGCCUCCCCACCUUCGGCUGCAGGGACUGGGAGACCUUCGACACCUCGGCCGGCUCCUACCUCAUCUACUCCAGCGCCAAGGAGCCCCUGUCCAGGGUCCUGCGGCUGAGGACCACCUGA